UUAUCCCAGCCUCAGCAGCUGGCUUCCAGAGCUCCUAGUUAUUCUCUUAGCUGAACUGAGAGCGAGAGAGAACCAUAGUGGCGCGAAGUUCCGCCGCAGCCACUCUCCCGCUCCCAACCACCUCGCACCCGUCGCCCUUACUACUAGUAUCAUCAGCGGGUGUUCCACCGCAGCCCGAAACUUUUCGGAGUCGAGUAACAUCCCUCGUUGCAUUUCGCGAACCUACUAGGACUUUCUCCUAGGCAUUUCGCGCCCCCACGCGCCGCGGCGAACUUCCUCUUCAAUUCGUCAACGAUGGCUGCGCGUUCGCGCUGCUCGGGAAAGCCGUCAUCACGAAGGAUCACGAAUCGCGGCGCGCCGCUUUCAACGCGGCGCCUGUUCCCGCUCCUGGCGCUGGUUCUCGCAGCGCUGAUGCUGCCGCAAAACGCGCUGGCGGCGGGAUCCGGUUGGGGCGGGACAGUCUCUUCCGCCAUGUCGCGGUUUUUCUCGUCGCUGCGCGCGGGGAUCCCGGCGGCGCAGGGUACUAGCGUCAAGCCCGCUGCGACAGGCACGUGCGACCCGUCGUCGCUGUCGGGUUACACGUCGUCAGUCGCCCUCGCGAGCGGUCUCCGCCUGCAUUGGGCCGUCACCACCACAUCUACGAUCCAGCUGGCCCUAGAGGCGACGAAGGCCAGCGGCGCUGGAACCGGGUGGUUCGCCGUGGGCUGGUCGUCGGGCGGCGCGAUGGCGCCUGCAGAUGCGGUGAUGUGCAACCUCGCCACGACGCCGGCUAUUAAGGCGUACAGGAUUACUGGGUACUCGACGAGCAGCGUCGCGGCGACAACCGCGUUCACGCCGGGGAGUGUUUCCUUGACUGCGGGAACGACCACCACCAUCGCCGCCUUCACCAGGUCGACUGGCGACGGCGCGUCCAUAGGUGUUGACGUGGCGGGAGUCAACAGCCUCAUCUGGGCCUAUUCGGCUGGCGGCUCCAAGACCGUCGCCUACCACAACAGCAACUAUGGCAGUGCUGACGUGGACUUCUCCUGUGACGCGUCUUCUUCCGCCACCCCUGCGCCUCCCCCUCCUCCCGCCACUUCCGCCCCCCCCCCUCCUCCGCCGUCUUCUUCUGGGGGAGGCUCCAACUGCCCCGCCUCCACCCUAGCGGGCUACACCUACCAGGCUCAGCUGAAGGGGACCAACUUGCUUCUCCACUGGAACCCAGCCUCUGCUUCGCGACUCGACAUGGCUGUUGAGGCCAGAACCGCCCCCAUUAAGAACGGCUGGAUCUCCCUGGCAUGGUCCAAGAGCAGCAAGAUGGCGCCUGCUGAUGCUGUAUUCGGCAACAUGGCUGGCGGGGGGGUUGCUGCGUACAAGAUCAACGGGUACUCCAUGGGGUCGAUCCAGCGCACCACUGCUUUCGGCAUCGGGACGGCCACCACCACCACCACUGCUUCUGGCUCCACAGUCAUCAAGUUCUCCCGAACCCAGGGCACAGGUUCGGCAGUGAAGGUGCAGGUGGCUGGCCGCAACACGCUCAUCUGGGCCUACUCCCCCUCGGGCUCCAAGAGCCUCGGAUUCCACGGCGGCUCAUAUGGCCGUCUCACCGUUGACUUCUCUUGCAACACUGCUUCGUCCGGAGGAGGGGGCAGUGGGGGCGGGGGCCGCGGUCGUGAUGAUGAUCAUGACGAUGAUCAUGAUGAUGAUCAUGACGAUGAUCAUGAUGAUGAUCAUGAUAGCAAGAGGGGUGGCGAUCGUGGGAAGGGGAGGGGCAAAGGCAGGGGCCGCGAGCGUUCCCACUAAGCAUCGACGGAUAAGCAACCGACAGUUGAGGCUCAAGGGGCGAAGGGUUGUCAGAGGUGUGCAAUCAUGGGGUGUCUACAAAGGAGCACUGUGUGUACAAUCAUCGGCGUUUGGCGGAGUGGUUGAAGCAGCGGCAUUGGAAAAGAUGCUGGUGAUCGUUUGUCAGGGCGAUGGGUAGUAGGUGCAAUGUGGGAUGAUUCUUGAUCACCCUCAAUGGUUACAUGCAUCCACAGAAGGUUAUCAAGAAUUAUCUUACGAAAAUGGUGUUUGCAUUUGGAACGCGUUGUGUACUUCUACGCCUCAUUCCAAGCUACGAAUGGAGUUA